UCAGUAGGUAUUUUCCCCUGCGCAUAGAUGGUCACACUAAGCGGUUGCUGGUUUGUUUAUAGUUUUUGUCCGCGAAUUUUACUUUAACUUUAGCUAUAACUAACAAUAAUGGAGGUGGAAUUCAGUAGGGAGAACUUCCUGCUGCCGGAGAUGAAGUACGAGUACCUGGAUCACACGGCGGAUGUUCAAAUCCACGGAUGGGGAUCGUCGCUGAAAGAGGCGUUCGAACAGUGCGGAGUGGCCAUGUUUGGAUAUAUGACCGAACUGGAUUACGUGUCCGUGGAGCAGUGCUUUGAAAUCGAAGCGCAUGGAGAUGAUCUGGAGAGCUUACUCUUUCACUUUCUGGACGAGCUGCUGUUCCUGUUCUCUGCCGAACCGUAUCUGGUGUGCAAGAAGCUGGAGAUCACCAAGUUCGAUGUGGAAAACUUCGAGAUUUCCUGCCAUUGUUACGGGGAACCAUUUGAGCUGGGGAAACAUCCGCAGGGCACCGAAGUGAAGGCAAUCACAUACUCGGCCAUGCAAAUCAUUCAGGACGUGGAGGCCAGCAACUACGAGGUGUUCGUGAUAAUUGACAUUUGAUCCAGCGGCGAUCGCCGGGAAUUAAAUGUGACUGUUCUGUUUCAACCCCUUUGCCUGUCUCCAUUAAUCAUAAGUGAAAUGCCAAAAAACGAUAUAAAAACCGCUGCAUAAGCCCCGAAAAAUUUGCAAUCUCUCGUGCUGCGACUGCAUCCCUUGUCGAUGAGGAUGACUUAUCAAGAAACCACUCGAUUGUGCGGCUGCAAAUGCAAUUAGGACUGGCUUCCUUCUCACCGGUCUGAUUCCGGAAUCAAGAUUUACCCUUUUGCCUUCGAAUUUUUUGUGUACUAUUCACUUUUUUUUUGCCCACUGCUUUGUGAAUUGGCAACGUGUUGAAUUCCCAGACAAAUGCCGAAUUUGUUGUCCUUUCCCAGGCCCCAGUUCAAUGCACUUUUUAUUCGGCAGCCUUCAGGAGUUGCUGACGCGUUGGGUUGCAUUAAAGAAUUAAGUUGUACUUCUUUUUGGGGAGUCAUGUCGAAUAGGGCAGUUAACAAUGCAAGUCAAGGCCAUAGUUUUAAUGUUAUGAUUGACUUGAUUUGUUCGACAUAAAGUAUAGAGAAUGCGGGGCCUAAAAACACAAACAUAUUUUUUUAUCAACAAUAAUUUAGUUCAAUGAAUGUAAAUCGUAAUAAAUAUCUAUACGAUU